AGUCAAAGAGCGGCGGUACUGGCGAACAGCCGCGUAAAAUCCUAUGAAAAAAAACUAAGCCUUUUCGGAGAGGUUCAACAUGGCAGGAGAUCAAGCGCAAUUUUACCAAUUACUUAGCACAAUAUUAUCAAUAGAUAAUGAAACUCGAUCCCAGGCAGAAAAAGUAUACAACGACAUCCCAACUGAAACUAAAGUAGUCCACCUUGUUGGUGCAAUACAAAAUGCAGACCUCGGAGAAGAUUGCAGAGAAACAGCCGCUGUCCUUCUACGGAGGCUGUUCAGUGCAGAGUUCUUUGAAUUCUUUCCCAAACUACCAAUUGAACAGCAAAUUAUGUUGCGUGAACAACUCCUCUUCACACUACAGAUGGAAGUGACUCAAUCACUAAGACGCAAGAUCUGUGAUGUAGUGUCAGAAUUAGCAAGAAACCACAUAGAUGACGAUGGAGUCAAUCAAUGGCCAGAGUUCCUCCAAUUUAUGUUCAAUUGUGCCAGCGCACAGGACCCUAACAUGAAGGAGGCCGGUAUCAGAAUGUUUACCUCAGUGCCGGGAGUGUUUGGUAACCGACAAAACGAGAAUCUAGAUGUCAUCAAGCGUAUGCUGCUCUCUGCGUUACAACCUACAGAGUCUGAGGCGUUGCGCAUGCAAGCUGUCAAGGCCAUUGGUGCAUUCAUACUGCUACAUGACAAGGAGCCUGCCAUACAGAAACACUUCAGUGAUUUACUGCUGCCUUUCAUGCAGGUUUUAGUGCAGUCCAUCACCAAAUCAGAUGAUGACUCAGCUUUGAAAGUCCUCAUUGAGCUGGCAGAGACUACACCAAAAUUCCUUCGUCCACAAGUUGAAUCCAUCUUCGAAGUAUGCAUAAAGGUGAUCGGCGACAAAGACGCCGAAGACAACUGGCGGCAGCUGGCGCUGGAGGUGGUGGUGACGCUGUGCGAGACGGCGCCGGCGAUGGUGCGCAAGGUGGUGCCCAACGCGGUGCGCGUGCUCACGCCGCUCGUGCUGGAGAUGAUGUGCGAGCUGGAGGACGACCCCGAGUGGUCCGUGCAGGACAACGCCGCCGAUGACGACAAUGAGCUGAACUACGUUGCUGCAGAGUCUGCUUUGGACCGCAUGUGCUGCGGGCUAGGAGGCAAGAUCAUGUUGGGGCUGAUCGUCAACCAGGUGCCCGUGAUGUUGGCGUCGGAGGACUGGAAGCGACGUCACGCGGCUCUGAUGGCUGUGUCUUCAGCCGGCGAGGGAUGCCACAAGCAAAUGGAACAGAUGCUCGACCAAGUUGUGUCAGCCCUACUAAACUAUCUUACCGACCCUCAUCCAAGAGUUCGAUACGCUGCAUGCAAUGCAGUUGGACAGAUGUCAACAGAUUUUGCACCAGUGUUUGAGAAGAAAUUCCACGACAAGGUUGUGCCGGGCCUGCUGUUGGUACUUGAUGAUACCGCCAACCCACGAGUGCAGGCACAUGCAGCUGCUGCUUUGGUAAACUUCAGUGAAGACUGCCCAAAGCCAAUCCUUACACAAUACUUGGGCCCACUCAUGGGAAAACUGGAAGCCAUCCUCACUGCUAAAUUUAAAGAGCUGGUGGAGAGCGGUACAAAGCUGGUACUGGAACAAAUAGUGACAACUAUAGCAUCAGUUGCCGACACUGUUGAGAAGGACUUUGUGGAGUACUACGACAGACUGAUGCCGUGCCUCAAGUACAUCAUCGCCAACGCCACCACGGACGACUUCAAGAUGCUGCGCGGCAAGACCAUUGAAUGCGUCAGCCUUAUCGGCUUGGCUGUUGGCGAAGAGAAGUUUAUGUCGGACGCGUCGGACGUAAUGGACCUGCUUCUGAAAACGCAUACCGAGGGCGAACAAUUGCCUGCUGACGAUCCGCAGACCUCGUACCUUAUUUCUGCCUGGUCCAGAAUUUGCAGGAUAAUGGGCAAGAAAUUCGCUCAGUACCUGCCCAUGGUGAUGGAGCCGGUGAUGCGUACGGCGGCCAUGAAGCCCGAAGUGGCGCUGUUGGACAAUGAGGACCUUGAAGUGAUCGAGGGUGACCUUGACUGGCACUUUGUCACCUUGGGCGAACAACAGAACUUUGGGAUCAAAACUGCAGGUCUUGAAGACAAGGCGUCCGCCUGCGACAUGCUGGUGUGCUACGCGCGCGAACUCAAGGAGGCCUUCGCCGAGUACGCAGAGGACGUGGUGAAGCUGAUGGUGCCCAUGCUCAAGUUCUACUUCCACGACAACGUGCGCACGGCGGCGGCCGAGUCGCUGCCGUACUUGCUCGAGUGCGCACGCAUCCGCGGCCCGCAGUACAUACAGGGCAUGUGGGCGUACAUACUGCCCGAGCUGCUCAAGGCUAUCGACGCGGAGCCCGAGCAAGAGGUGCAGGUGGAACUGCUAAACAGUCUCGCUAAGUGCAUCGAAUUGUUGGGCACUGGAUGCCUGUCAGAUGAAAUGAUGGCGGAGGUGCUUCGCAUACUAAACAAACUACUCACAGAACAUUUCGAACGCGCUACCCAACGUCGCGAAAAACGUGCCGACGAGGACUACGAUGAGGUGGUUGAAGAACAAUUGGCAGACGAAGACAAUGAAGAUGUGUACGGCCUGUCGCGUGUGGCGGAUGUGCUGCACGCGCUGAUGUCUGCUUACCACGAAAGCUUCUUCCCUCACCUGGACUCUCUGCUGCCCCAUCUCAUGCAACUGCUAUCGCCAGGACGACCUCACGCCGACCGCCAGUGGGCUAUAUGCAUUUUCGAUGACGUCAUAGAAUUUGGUGGUCCCGCGUGCGUCAAAUACCAAGAAGUAUUCCUCGAGCCGAUGCUGAACGGUCUCCGCGAGCCGGAACCAGAGGUGCGGCAAGCGUCCGCCUACGGCUGCGGCGUCCUGGCGCAGUUCGGCGGGCCGCAGUUCGCCGCAGCGUGCGCGCGAGCCGUACCGCUGCUCGCCGCGAUCAUCGCCGAGCCGGACUCGCGCUCUGUGGAGAACCUGAACGCAACCGAGAACGCCAUCUCGGCGGUCACCAAGAUAAUCAAAUACAACCACUCGCAGAUCAACAGGGACGAAAUUAUCAGACAUUGGUUGACAUGGCUACCAGUAGUAGAAGACACGGAAGAAGCGCCUCACGUAUACUCGCUCCUGUGCGAACUGGUGGCGAGCGGGCACCCCGCGCUUGCGACCGCGGACGCGCCGCAGCUCGUCAUCGCGACCCUGGCGGAGGCCUUCCUGCGCGACGCGGUGCCCGACGACAACCCCGUGUACGCGCAGAUGGUGGCGCUUGUCAGACAAAUAUCGAGUAACACAGAGCUGUUCAACUCGUGCGUCAUGCAGCUAAGCGCCGAACACAAGGAAGCACUUAAAGUGGCGCUCUCCACCUAGUACGCGCUUCACGAUCCGCCGCUUGUAUUUAUUCACCUUUCGCCCGUCGCCCGUCGCUCCCCCCCAGCGCCCGCCUCCGCCUCCAGUCACGCUCCCUGUACGAGCCCUUAUACUUUGACCAGUGUCUCUGUGACCAGUAAACGUUUGCUGCUAUUACUCUAUUGUAAUAAACUUUUAUGACGAAAUUAUCAAAAUAUGUAAUAAUAUAAACUCGGCUAGACACAAGUUGUGUUUUGUGAUCCCUAGUUAAAUUCGAACUUAGUUCGCUAAUGUUAUUGUAAAAAAUAUGUAACCUGUUGUUGUAAUUAUAAAUUUACCCCCUUUCCAUUGACUAGUUUUCUUCGAUCUCGUGAAGUGUAUCGGUUGGGCUAAGAUUGCUGUGAUAUAUUUUAUACUAAUUUUGAUGAUCAGCCAUAAAUGAAGUAGCCUCCCUUAUACUCGUAGCUUGACCGUGACGUCGAUUUCUGAAUGUUUUAUCAUUUUUAAUGUCAAUAUUAGAAGAAAAAUGUAAUGUAGAUGGUCCAAUUUUGAUGUUGUUACUGAUAUAUUUUUUAGUAUUUUAUAGUGAAAAUAUACAGGCUACUAAUAAUAGAGACACCUUGACACCCAAAAAAAAAAUACGGAAAAUAUACAUUUAUUAUACUACAAAAUACACAAUGGAUUGAAACCUAACCAUAAUGCAACACAAACCACAGUUGGUUUUAGUGUGCACUGGCUAUUAUAAUUAUUACAUAAUCAAUAUUAAAAGUUAAAAAACAAAAAAUAAGAGAGAGAAAAAAAUGUAUUGUGAUGUUAAAAUUCAUUAGCUGUAUCGCAUAUUCGGACAAAACCUGACGAAAAAUUUUAAUAAAGUAUUUGUAUGUUAGUUUUAUUAGGUUUUAUUCAGAAGAAAUCUUCUCUCGCAUAUCCCUUUUCAUUUUAAUUGAUUAAAUUGAAUUUUUUUUAUUGCUGGAGAGAUUAAAACUCGAUGGAGUGUUUCACGAAUAAAAAAAAAUAUUACAAUAAUUUUGUAGUUAAAAUGAAAUAUAUUGUACUGUUGAGUGGGGUGUUUUGAAUGUGUAAUUGUGUAUAUGAUAUUAGUUACUACACAUUUCCCUAUGUAUUGACUGUUCAUCAAAUAUGUUUGAGCAUUUAAGUAAGGAUGAUUACCAUUAAUGAAAAACUUCCAUGGGAAGAUGAUUUUUUUGUAUUUAUAAAAAUUGGACUGUCACAUUCCAGUUUUUUGUUAUUUCAGCUGCGUUGGGAUCUUGGUAAUUGUAUCUUGCAAUGGACUAAACCUAUCUGUUUAGAAGAAAUAAUUUUGUUCACUACAUAUAUAAUAUUACAUAUACAUUUCUUUGUUUAUCGAAAAUAAAAGUUAUUGGCAUUGAAUAA